UUUCUGGCGGCAUCGCCGCCAUUUUGCCGGAGCCUGCGACCGAGUGGGAGUGGAGUGGAGCGGCCGUUGUUGCCGACUCUUUCCUCCUCCCCACGGUCCAGUCAGCGGGUUGAUUAAGCCAUCGGCCCUCAAGCCGAGACUUGUCUCUUAUUUAGUUCUGGGGAGCGCCUGGCCGACAUGAGUGAUGUAGAGGAGAACAACUUCGAGGGCAGAGAGUCUCGCUCUCAGUCAAAAUCUCCAACGGGAACUCCUGCUCGUGUAAAAUCGGAGAGCAGGUCAGGAUCUCGUAGUCCAUCACGGGUUUCCAAACACUCUGAAUCACAUUCUCGAUCAAGAUCAAAAUCCAGGUCGAGGUCAAGGAGGCAUUCUCAUAGGCGUUACACUCGAUCCAGAUCCCAUUCUCACUCUCAUAGGAGACGAUCUCGAAGUAGGUCUUAUACACCAGAAUACCGGCGUCGAAGGAGUCGAAGUCAUUCUCCAAUGUCUAACCGGAGAAGACAUACAGGCAGCAGGGCAAAUCCAGAUCCCAACACUUGUCUAGGAGUGUUUGGCCUCAGUUUGUACACAACAGAGCGAGAUCUUCGUGAAGUAUUUUCUCGAUAUGGACCAUUGAGUGGUGUCAAUGUGGUUUAUGACCAGCGAACUGGACGAUCUCGAGGAUUUGCUUUUGUUUAUUUUGAGAGAAUAGAUGACUCAAAGGAGGCUAUGGAAAGGGCAAAUGGAAUGGAGCUGGAUGGUAGAAGAAUUCGUGUGGAUUAUUCUAUCACCAAGAGAGCACACACACCUACACCAGGCAUAUACAUGGGCAGACCAACUCAGAUUUUCACACUUUUCUAUAGUAGUGGUGGUGGCGGUGGUGGAGGCGGUGGUGGAGGUGGAGGAGGUGGCAGACGUCGGGAUUCUUACUAUGAUAGAGGAUAUGAUCGUGGGUACGACAGAUAUGAAGACUAUGAUUACCGGUACAGAAGAAGAUCGCCUUCUCCUUACUAUAGUCGAUACAGAUCACGAUCAAGAUCUCGUUCCUAUAGCCCAAGACGCUAUUGAUAAACAGAGUGGUUGCAGUUGAGGACAUCUUUUUCUUUUUCUUUUCUUUUUUUCUCUUUCUCUUUUUGUUUAAUUCUGGAUUUCCCCAAGCUUUUGAUCCUUUCUACUCCUUAAAAAGAACCCUUAAAAAAAUCUUUGGUUUGUUUAGCAUCUAACACUUUGUCAGUUGUAUUGCUGUUUUCCAUCUCUUUUAUUAUAUUCUUAAAGAUAUAAUUGUCAUUUUGAGUAGUUAAACAUCUUGAGGAAAAAAGGAGCUCCCAGUGUUAUGCUUUGUAAAUGAUCUUUUUUGUUUGUUUUUUGCUUUUACAGAAAGUUAACUCCUGGCUAAUCAAAUGAGGAAAGAAAUGAUCUUUUUGAAGCUUCUUUUGUGUUGGAUAUUGUAUUAGACAUUGUAUUAGAGAUCUGCAUUUACUACAAACUCCUUUUUUAACUUUCUUUUGGGGAAGUUAGUAACACAUAAAGUAGUUCAGUCAAUGUCAGGUUUGUCUGGGGUGGCAUGGGGCAGUCAGAUAGUUGAGUGUAGAAAGUUUGAAUCUAUAGAAGAAAACACUUGGUCAUUUCUUUUGAAGAACAUAAUUUUUGAACCCUAAAAAUUAUGUCGUUUUUUAGAGAUGAAAAGCUUGUGGACUCCUACAAGACAUGUUGUAUUUAAAAUACAUUUGUUAAAACUUAAAAACAUGAAGUGUGAUUUUUGUGUUGAAUUUAUUGAAGUUAAUCAGUGAAGGACAACCCUUAUUAUUUAUUAUUUAGAGCAUUUGUGUACUUUGCUGUUAAAAAUUUUGGUAUUGGGACAAUAGUUUAAGCAGGCUAUUGUAUAGAGUCUUUAGAGUUAGUGAGGGGAAAAGUAGUCUCCUUUCAAAUAAAAGUUAAUUUCUUUGAAAAUG